AUGCCAUUUUUUGUUUUUCGUUGUUUAAUUCAAAAUAACAGACAUUUUUCCUUUCUAUCAUCAACAUUAUGUGCCAGACACGCAACAGCAAAAACUUCUUUAAAACAAAAUAGAAUCCAAGAAAGUUUGCCGUUAGAAACCAACGGAAUUGUUUUAGUUCCAAAAAAAUUACACGAACAUCUUUUUGGAGAAACAAGUGUCGAUAAUUGUGAAAAAACUGAUCAAAUGGUAAAGAGAAAAUCUGAGGAAGAAUUUUUGGUAGAAGAAAAAUUGAAAUUACCUAAACUUAAAUCAAAAAAUUUAAUGGGGCAUUUUAAAGUUUUGGCUGAAGAACAAUUGAAAGAGUAUCGAAUUUUAAUGGAACAAGCCAUGCAAAUUGGAAGUUUACCUCCAAUGCCAAAAGAAUGGUCAUCUUCUCCUGGCUGGACAGUUUAUGAAAAGAAUAUUAAAGGUCAACAUAUUCAAAGACAAGUUCCUUUUCCAAAAGAAAAUUUGUUGUUUUUUGACGUUGAAGUUUGUAUGACAGAUGGAAAAUUACCAACUAUGGCUGUUGCUCUUUCUCCAAAUAAAUGGUAUUCUUGGUGUAGUAACAGAUUAUCUAAUGAUCAAGUAGAUUUACCUGAAUUUGUUACUUUAGAUCAUUUAAUUCCUCUUGAAGAUGAAAAUAAUUUGGGGAAUUUUAAAAGUUUAGUUAUUGGACACAAUAUGGCUUUUGAUAGACAAUUUAUUAGAGAACAAUAUUUGGAGAAGGAAUCGGCUAUGAAAUGUUUGUCUUUUUUAUUGUGUGGAAAUUUCCGGUUCAAUUUUUAUUCAAAUUUAUUUUCUUUUAUCUUGGAUUUCUCCUUAAAUUCUCUUUUUUCUUAUUUUCUAACCUUUCUUUAUUUGACCCUAUCCCAAAAUAAUGGCGGAAUCGUUUUUUCAUUACUUGCAAGGAAAGGAAAAAUGGAAACGAACAAACAAAUCACGUCCGAAGACGUGCAGACAAAACACGGGCUUAACGGACAGAUGUUUUUUUGGUGUACAAUGUCAAUGCAUAUUGCUUGUUCUGGUAUGGCCGACCACCAAAGACGUCUAUACGAAAAAUCAAAAUUAAAUUCCUACGAUUAUAUGUCCAACUUUUAUCUUGAAGAUGAAGAUGGAGUUCCUGUUUUUACAAAACAAUUUCAGCAAUUAUUUCUUUAUUGUGCUGAAGACGUUCGAGCUACUUUUGAAGUUUAUCAAAAACUUUAUCCAAAAUUUUGUAAAAGAUUUCCCCACCCAUUAACAUUUUGUGGAAUGAUGGAAAUGGCAAAUGUUUAUUUACCUAUUAAUUCGAAUUGGCGUCAUUUUUAUGAUAAAUGUGAAAAACUUUCUUCUUCAAGUAUGAAUGAAAUUACUAGAAAAGUUAUUCAAAUUGCUAGAGACGUCAUUGAAGAAAUGGAUCAAACAAUAGAAAAUAAAGAAAGGGAGGAGAAUCAAGUCAAUGAAAGUGAAGAAAUGCCUGAAAUAUUAAAAAAAUACCAUUUAGACCCCUGGCUAUUCGUCUCAAAUUGGUCCCGUCCAAAUAAACGCCCUCAAUGGCCUGUCUGGUAUUGGGGACUUUUUCAGAAAUUAUCACAUGCAAAUACCCCUCUAGAAGAAUUGGAAGCAGAUUCUGUUAAAUUAAUGUGUAGAGAAUUACCUCGACUUUUUGGGCUUUGUUAUGGUCCAUAUCCUUUAAUGUUUGUGACAGAUUUGGGAUGGGGAUAUAUUGUCCCUAAAAAAAAUUUUGUUUCUUCUUCCCUACCAGAAACACAAUUAAUUAAAAUUGCUGAUGAAUCUGUUCAUAUGCCAAUUAGGGCUCGCUAUAAAGAACAAUUACCUGUUUGGUUUGAUAAAAAUUCUGAAAAUGGGGCAAUUGUUCCCUCUGUUAUCCCAGCUGGUACAGUUACAAGACGUGCGGUACAUAAAUUGUGGUUAACCUCUGCAAACGCAAAAAAAUCAAUGAUUCAAUGUUCAAACGGUUAUUCUCUAGUUGGGGCAGAUGUUGAUUCUCAAGAACAGUGGAUAGCAGCCCUUUUUGGUGAUUCUUUACAUCCUUCAAAACGUGCUGGUUCUACAGCAUUUAGUGCUAUGCUUUUGGCUGGGAAUAAAGCAGAAAAGACUGAUUUACAUUCUGUUGUAGCAAAAACUGUUGGAAUUAGUAGAGAUCAUGCUAAGGUUUUAAACUAUGCUCGUUUAUAUGGUGCUGGUAGUAAACAUGCAGAACAAUUCUUAAAAACACAAGGAAUUUCGGAUAUUACUUCUAAAAAGUUGACUAAAAAAUUAUUUGAAACAACUAAAGGAAAGGCUUCAAAUUACCAUCGUCUAUCAGAAUCUGGAGGAAAAUAUUUUGAAGAAUAUUUAGCUUAUCUUCACAGUCAAAAUAUAAUUAUUGAAAAUACCUCAAAAAAUAAUUCUUAUUUAUUUGUUGAUGGUUGUUAUUUCCUUCCAAAUGUUACUUUUAGCAGUUUUACUUUAAAUUUUGCUGAAUGGCUAUUUAAUUAUAAGAAAACAAAUUUAAAUGAUAAAUUUGCUUCGAGAUAUCCAAUAAAGCUUUAUAAUGGAGGAUAUGAAUCCAAUACAUUUAAUUAUCUUUCACUUAAAUCACAUCAACUUUACCCUGAAACUCCUGUCCUCAAAUGCCGAUUAAGCGAAGCACUUGAACCUUUCCCCGUUACCAUAAAAAAUGGGCCAGAAGCAUAUGCAUUCAAUACUUUAUAUAAAAGGACAAUAAUUAAUUGGUUUGUCCAGUCAAGUGCUGUCGAUUUCCUUCAUAUGUUGUUGGUCUGUAUGAGGUGGUUGUGUACUACUUAUGGAAUUAGAGUUCGUUUUAUGAUUUCUAUACAUGAUGAAGUUCGUUAUAUGGUAGCCGAUGAAGAUAAAUAUAGAUGUGCGUUGGCAUUAACUUUAAGUAACAUGUAUGUUAGAGCAGCAAUAUCAGAAUCGCUUGGAAUUCGAGAACUUCCAAGGUCUGUCGCCUUCUUCAGUCAAGUUGAUAUUGACAAAGUUUUGCGAAAAGAGGUGACUUUAGACUGUGAAACUCCAGGAGGCGAGAAAGUGGAAAAUGGUAAAAAAUUUUGUUAA